AUGUUGGCUCUAAAAGGGGUGGUUAAUGUGGAUAUUAAGGUCGGCAACCAAACACGAAAUUUACAACUUUACGUUGUUGAUUUGGAAAAUGUUGUGAACAUAUUUGGAUUCGAUUGGUUUAAAGAAUUUGAUUUUCAGAUAAAAAGUCCAUACAAUAACCUAGUGAUCGAAAACUGCUUGCAAGUUUCAAAUGACUCUCUUACGGAUUUAGAAUGUAGAUUGAAACAAGUCUUAAACAAUUUCAAUGAAGUUUUUUCUGAAGGAAUUGGACACUGUCCAACGUUUAAAGCAGAUAUUACCCUUAAGUCCGAUGCAGUUCCAAAAUGUAUGAAACCUUACAAUAUUCCAUUUGCGUUACACGACAAAGUUCGACAGGAAAUUGACCGUUUGGUCUCCAAUGGCGUCAUAGAGCCAAUAAAUUCGAGUGAAUGGGCUUCGCCAAUUGUGGUGGUUCCAAAACCAAAUGCUCUGCAAAUAACGCAUCAUAUGUCAAAGAAAUUAAGCUGUCAAUUAGACACCAACACCAAGGUGUCUAAGGCCAAAACAGAGAAUAGUUAG